AUGUCGUCCGGGCUCACUGCUAGCAAGGUCACCAUCUCGGCGUCUUUCGCCCUUUCUGUGUUUGCGACGCUCUUCUACCUGCUCCCUGCACAGUCGUCGAAGCACUUUGUCACGCCCUUCAGCUCCUCGAUCAUCGUCACCUCCAUCUACUGGGGGGUGACGCUCCUGGCGCAGUUCCUUUUCAUCGCCAAGACGCUCUUCAACGGCAACGUGUCGGCCUCGAACCAGUCCAACCUGAUUGCCAUCGUGGGCCCGCACUUUGCGUUCUUCAACGUGCUGCACUUCUUCUGGUGCUACUUCUUCGCCAAGGAGCACUUUGUCAUCGCCGAGAUCCUCGUCUUUGUCAACCUCCUCAACCUCCUCACCCUCUACUUCUCCCACAAGACAAUCGCCAUCAAAAACAUCCCCGACUGGUUGACCGUGCACCUCCCGGUCACAGGCUUCCCGCUCUCGUGGACCCUCUACGCGGUCUUCUGGAACGGAGCAGCCCUCUUCCACUCGCACAACAAAUCGCUGGUGCCCCGCCUCUUAGCAAACAUCUUCAUCUGGGAGUUCUUGCUUGUUCCAAUGGCCCUGCUCGUGUUCUACUCCGACUGGUCCGUCGGAAUCUCCACCAGUUUCCUAAUGUUGGGCGUCGGCUUCUACCAGAUGUUCACCAAGUUGGUUGCCCUCCAGUGGAUCUUUGCCUUCACCAUCUCUGGCAUCGACUUUGUUUUCUCUGUCUUAUACAUGUUCAACAACGCCAUCAGACAGGUUGAAACACAGUCUUCCGCCUCUGACCAGGCCCCACUCUUGGCUUAA